AUGCCAGCAUCCAUUGCCCAGGAGUUUGACUCCAUAGAAGACACAAUCCAAGCUUUCAAAAACGGCGAAUUCGUAGUCGUCCUCGACGACCUCUCGCGCGAAAAUGAAGGCGACCUAAUCAUCGCCGCCGCCGACCUAACCCCCUCCAAAAUGGCCUUCAUGAUCAGGCACACCUCGGGUCUAAUCUGCGCCCCUCUGUCCCCAUCCCUCUGCGAAUCCCUCGCGCUCCCCCAAAUGGUCUCCUCAAACCAAGACCCGAACCGCACCGCCUACACCAUAUCCAUCGACACGGAAUCGCCGCUGACAACCACGGGCAUCAGCGCGCACGACCGCGCGCUGACGUGCCGGACGCUGGCCGACGGAACAGCG